AUGGGCGGUUUCGACUUCUCCAACUACAACCGCAACGCGGCUCUUCACGCCAAGGGAGCACCGCUUCCCAAAGCUACUAGCACGGGUACAACGAUUGUUGGCUGCAUAUACGACAAUGGUGUUGUUAUCGCCGCAGAUACCAGAGCGACCUCCGGGCCCAUAGUUGCAGACAAGAACUGCGAGAAAUUACACUAUAUCGCCCCUAAAAUCUGGUGCGCUGGUGCUGGUACAGCUGCUGACACUGAGUUCACCACCGCCCUGAUCAGCUCCAACAUUGAACUACACUCCCUAUCGACCGGCCGGCCCCCACGAGUAAUCACCUGCAUGACCAUGCUCAAGCAACACCUCUUCCGCUACCAGGGACACAUCGGUGCGUACCUGGUUGUUGCGGGUGUCGACCCAACCGGCGUCGGCCUCUACACUGUGCACGCGCACGGAUCAACAGACAAGCUUCCCUACGUGACCAUGGGAUCUGGUUCGCUAGCGGCCAUGUCCGUCUUCGAGUCGACGUGGAAGCCCAACCUAAACAAGGAGGAGGCGAUUGCAUUGGCGUCUGAGGCCAUCAAGGCCGGUAUUUUCAACGAUCUCGGAUCCGGUAGCAAUGUCGAUGUCUGUGUUAUCGAGAAGGACAAGCCUACGCAACUGCUACGGAACUUCGAGAAGCCCAACGAGCGUGGCCGAAAGGAACGGGACUACCGCUUCCCCAAGGGCACCACAGCUUACCUGAACGAAAAGGUGUUCACCAAGGAGGAUCUGAGGAAAUAUGUUACUGUUGAGGAGAUCUCUGGUGACCCCAAUCUGAUGGAAGUGGACCCUUAG